CUAGCUGGGAGUGACAGAAGAACAACGUGUAAAAUAGGAAGAGAGGAGGGGGUUGGAAAAUAGAGAGAGAGAGAUCGACAAAUCAUGGAGGUUAAGAGACGUCCGAUAAUCGCUGGCAGGGAGAAAGGGCCAGGCCCCGGUCGCUAUGCUCUCCCUCCAACCAUUGGCUACAUCAACCAUGACCUCACCAAGCCCAGUAGCCCCGCCUACACCUUCCACAGACGUAUGAGCAGCAGCAUGGUCUCUGUGGAUUGCAGUCCAGGACCCCAGUACCACAUCGAUGCCAAGAUGACCCGGUUCGGCCGCGUCGGUACCCCUUCUUACUCCAUGCUAGGCAGGGCAAGACGCGCCGCUGAACUCUUCCAGACUCCAGGUCCAGGUGCCUACAGCCCAGAGAAACCUCAUCUCAGACCUCCCUCCUACACUAUUGGCUCUCGGUCACGCUACCGUAUAAUGGAUUCUGUGCCCGCCCCUAACCGGUACACCCUCCCUAACCUGCUGGGUUCCCAGGUGCCCCACAAGCCGUCCAGUGCCAGCUAUAGCCUGGCGGGACGCAGACAGGUUGGCGCUCCAUCAGAAGACCUGUCCAUGACCCCUGGACCAGGACGCUACAACAGUACUGACCCCAGCGUCUACCUCACACGACAGCCGUCCUUCUCUAUGCAGAGCCGGACCACCCGGCCCAACGAUCAGUCUCAGAAGCCUGGGCCAGGGACCCACAGCCCGGAGAAGGUCCUGCUCCACCUCCCCAGACCUCCUGCCUUCUCCCUGGGCAUCAGACACUCGGAGUUCAUUACUCCUCUGGUGGUGGUUGUUUCCGACUGAUUUUUAUUGUUUGUGUUUGUGGAAAUGCUGGAGUCAGUUCUGAGUUAAAUACCACUGUGUUGUUUUAAUGAGCAUAUUUAGCACAAUGUUGGAAAAGUGCGUCACAAAUAGUGUUUUUAUUAUCCUUGUUAAGCCAAGUUGUGGAUCUAUGGGUGUGACCUGUGUUGAUCUGUGUUGAUCUG